AUGGUGGACCCCGUGCCGGAAGAGGAAAAGGCGGGAACCGAGCCUGAAGGUUCGGAAGGGGACGCAGCCGCCGCAUCUGUGCCCCCCGACGCACAGGGCGCCCAGCAGCCCGCCGCCUCCUCGGCCUCGGCCUCCGCCUCGGCCUCGGCGGCGGCGCCCCACAAGGCUGAAGUCCCGAGCGCAGCAGAAGAAGGCGGGCGGCGGGAGCAGUCUCCGCUGCUGCACCUCGACCUCUUCAACUUCGACUGUCCGGAGGCCGAGGGCAGCCGCUACGUGCUGACCAGUCCCCGCUCGCUGGAGGCCUGCGCGCGCUGCGCCGUCAAGCCAGUGGAGCUGCUGCCGCGGGCCCUGGCAGACCUGGUGCGCGAGGCGCCGGGCCGCUCCAUGCGGGUGGCCACCGGCCUGUACGAGGCCUACGAGGCGGAGCGGCGCGCCAAGCUGCAGCAGUGCCGGGCCGAGCGAGAGCGCAUCGUACGCGAGGAGAAGCGGCGCCUCUUCACGCCGUUGGGGCCCGCGGCCUCCGCUGCCUCGGUCCCCAGCGCGGGCGGCAGCAGCAGCAGCUGCAGCAGCGCCAGCCUCCCGGCCUCGCCCGCGCCGCGUGCGGCCCGCAAGGCCUCUUCCAGCCCAUCUCCGGCCCGGACGCAACCACCGACCGCGGCGUCGCGGGCAGGUAGGAAGAGCCACUCGCUAGACUCGCUGUCCCGCCGGCGCGAGGGCGCCCUCAGUUCCGAGUCUGGAGCUUCGUCGUCGUCCUACAGCGGGGAGAGCCUGCGGGAGCUGCGCUGGCCUCUGCGGGCCUCGGCCAGGAACAGCUGCCCGGCGUCCUCCGCCCCCAACCCCCUGGGCCGCCCUUCCGCCCUGGCCUUGGUGCCGCUCACCGGCCGCAGCUUCAGCCUGGGUGACCUGAGCCACUCUCCGCAGACGGCUCAGCACGUGGAGCGCAUCGUGCGCCAAGUGCGCGCCGAGCGGGGCCUGCGCGGGGUGCCGGAUCGCGACCGAAAGAUCGCGGCGCUGAUGCUGGCGCGCCACCAGGAGGAGCGCCUGCUGCUGGAGCAGCGCGCCGCGGCCCACGGCCAGUGGGAGCAGCAGCGCGUGCGAGCCGAGCAGCGGCGGGAGCGCGAGGAGCGGGAGAAGCAGCGCGCGCUGGAGCAGGGCCGCCGGGCCUGGGCCGCGCAGGUGGAGGAGCGGCGCGGCCGUCGGGGGCGCGAGGAGCGCGAGGAGGCGCGGCGGCGGCAGCGGCAGUGCGAGCGCGGCGAGGAGCGGCGGCGGGAGCUGGCCGAACGCCAGGGCCUGCUGCGGCGGGAGCGGGUCGAGCGCGCGGCCCGGGAGGACCGGCUGCGCAAGCUGCAGCAGGAGCAGAACCUGAAGCAGCGGGAGGAGGGCCUGCAGGAAGGGCGCGAGCGGGCCGAGCUGGUCCACAGGGAGCGCGCCCAGCGCGCGGCCCGCACCAAGCAGCGGCAGGAGGGCCAGCUGCAGCGGGAGAAGCGGGAGCUGAGCCGGGCCGAGCGGGCGCGCCACGAGGCGCUUCUGCAAGGCCGGGCCCGGCAGGAGCGCGCGGAGCGAGAGGGCUUGCGGAGCUCCCUGGAGGCCAGCUUGGGCCGCGCGCAGGAGAACUACGAGCAGCUGGUGGAGCAGCGCGCCCGCGAGCUGCGGGAGCGGGCCCGGCGGGAGGAGCUGCAGGGCCGGCGGGCCAAGGAGGUGGCCGAGCGCAAAGGGCGCGAGCACCAGGCGCACCUGGAGGCGCUGGCCCGGGCGGGGGAGCGGCGGCUGCAGCACGCGACGCAGGCAGCCGAAGAAGCCGUGCAGCAGAAGGCGCGGCGCGUGGGCCAGAGCCGGUUGGAGAAGGAGCGGACCCAGCGCGCCAAUAAGCAGAAGGUGGAGAGGGACGAAGACUGCCGCCGGCAGGAACUGCUGCAGGCCAUCGGGCGCAAGCUGGAGCGGAGCGAGCAGCUGUCCCGGGAGCGGCGGAGCGCGCUGGAGACCGCCCGCUCCACAGCCCGGGCCUCCUUCCACGUGCGGGAGAAGGUACGCGAGGAGACCAACACGCGCUCCUUCGACCGCAUGGUGCGGGAAGCCCAGCUGCACGCCAGCCUGGACCGCAAAUGA